AUUAAUACAAACUAAUGAACACAAUCUGGAAAGGGGGUAGGUGAUCCUCUUAGAUUUGCUGGCUGAACAGCCAAAGGGGAGGAGCAGGGAAAGAGGAGGGAAAAGCUGUGCUUUACUUUCACACUGUCGUGCUCUCCUACAGCCAAGCUCUGGACUCCUCAUCUGUUCAAAGAACUGGAGAAUCUGAAAGCUAAACACAUGCUUUAAGUUUCGUUUCUUGCCCAAGUUGAUUUCCCCUCAUAUCUCUAAUUCCUUAGAUUCUCUGGCUGUUUUUUAACAAGGGGCGUGGUGUUUAAACCUGUUAUUGUGCUCCGAUGUAUUAAAAUUAUUACCUGUUGGCCGUAGUGUUGAACUGACACACAAAGCAAAUCUGAAAUACUUCCUACCAUCAUGAACACAAUACCAGCUUACUCAGGAGCUAGAAUAUCAGGCUGUUGGACUCUUAGAUCCGAUGGCAGUGGAGGCAGUGAGGGAUCGCUGGACAGACUGCUUCCCUCUGUCGGCAUGGGCCUUUCUCCCAGGAAGAGGACCACCAGUCAGUGUAAAUCGGAGCCUCCGCUGCUGCGCACCUCCAAACGAACCAUCUACACAGCUGGUCGCCCACCGUGGUACAACGAGCAUGGGACACAGUCCAAAGAGGCCUUUGUCAUUGGUCUUUGUGGAGGCAGCGCGUCAGGAAAGACGACAGUCGCCAGAAAAAUCAUCGAAGCUUUAGAUGUUCCCUGGGUUGUUUUACUCUCAAUGGACUCCUUUUAUAAGGUCCUGUCCCCUGAAGAGCAGCUGCUGGCAGCCAGCAAUGAUUAUAACUUUGACCAUCCAGACGCCUUCGACUUUGAUUUGCUGACGCACACCCUGCGCAAACUCAAACAGGGCAAGAGUGUGAAAAUCCCAGUCUAUGAUUUUGCCACUCAUGGGAGACAGAAGGAGUGGAAAACAGUUUAUGGAGCCAGUGUCAUCAUCUUUGAGGGAAUCAUGUCCUUUGCAGAUAAAGCUCUGCUGCAGCUGCUCGACAUGAAGAUCUUUGUGGAAACCGACUCUGACAUCCGCUUGGUCCGUCGGCUGAGGAGGGACAUCAUGGAAAGAGGCCGAGAUAUCGAGGGCGUCAUCAAACAGUACAACAAGUUUGUAAAGCCCGCUUUUGAGCAGUACAUAGAGCCCACCAUGCGCCUGGCUGAUCUGGUGGUGCCACGAGGUGGUGGCAACAUGGUGGCCAUUGACCUGAUUGUGCAGCAUGUUCACAGUCAGCUAGAGGAGGUAAGAGAGGUCAUAACUCAGAAUUUUACUGACCUAAACAAUCAGAUAUUCAAAUAGAUGUUAGUAUAGUCCAAUUUCCCUUCAUGCGUCCUUGUUUGUGUUGUUUUAUUACAGUACUGAUGCUUAACAAUCAUCUCUCUGUAGGCUUGUUUUUACUCAUACUCCUACCAUAUUUAACAAGCAAGUGUUGCCACUCCCUCUAGUGGAUGAUGGUUGUACUGCCUACAUUUUAAAUACUUUUUUUUUGGGAAGUGUCUUUGACUUCCCAAUUUAUUUUAUUUAUUUAUUUUUUAUUUCUAUUUAAAGUGCACUUAACAAAGAAGUGCGUAGUUUAAUUUUUUGAUUUUUGUGUUGAAAAAUCAUCGAUAAAACAUAGAUUAUAAGGCAUUCAAGAUGUUUUCCUGUCUGGUUUUGGUUAAUUUCAGAAAAAAAAACUAUAGCAGAAAUGGUUGUACUUUUGUACAAUUAAAAAAAAACUGCCCGGUUGCAUCAUGGGAUCUCAC